UGCGGUUGUAAGUGAUGUUCUCGUAGAUGUUGUCUAGAACCGUGUGCUCAGUGGGUGGACCGAGUCCCCAUUGGCCGCGUUGCGCACAUCCCCAUCCUGGGUGGAGAGAUGCUCGCGAGAGAAGCCUGCUCUGUGCCAUUCAGUGGCGACUUGGCUGAAGGACUGCACGAGCUCUCUCGGUGAGCCUUGAGGAGCCAGAGAUAUUGACAGGGAGUCAGAGGCAGCGCGCGCACCGAUGGAGGCUCAGGGCGCUUCUAGUGGACAUGCCGUUCAGCCUGGUGAAACCUACUUGACUGGCAGCAGACAGGAGGAACAGCUCGGUGAGCUAGGAGAGGAGGCCGACAUGUGGCGGAAUGAGAAGUACCAUUCUGUUCCAGAGGAGGACCAGGGCCUUGAUCUAGGUGACCGCAAAAUUGCAGGAGACAUUGGAUACGAUGACGAUGACUCAAUAAGGCAAACAAGCAAGGGCCCUCAGCAUUCAAAGUUGGGUCCAUACUUUCAGGACGGUCAGCGGCGGAUUGACUACGUCCUCACCUACCACGUGGAGAAAUCUACCCGCUCCCGCCAUAGUUCCUCAAAUUCCUUCGUCAAGAGCCUGAGAGACAGCCUGAGCCGCAGCUUCAGACGAAGUCGGCCUGAACCGCGCCCUCAAGAGGACCCAGAGAUAGCGUCCCAGCAGCAGAAGCUCGACUACCAUGAGGAUGACAUGCGCUUCCGCAGGGACGAGUUUGAACAGAAGCUCAUGGACAUGGGCCUGGAGCUGGAGAAGGACGAAGGGAAUAAAAUCCCAGGAGUGGGCUUUCUGAAGAUCCAUGCACCAUGGAGCGUUCUGUGUCGAGAAGCGGAGUUUAUGAAGCUCAAGAUGCCCACCAUAAAAAAAUAUGAUGUGAGUCCAGGAAGCAACGUCGUAGAGAAAAUCAACUUGUUUAUCCACAAAGUGACUGCACCUUUGUAUCCCAAAGUCAUGGAGAAUCGAGUCCAGACUGAAAAACAUCUGUCAUAUCCGUUCUCCCGAGAAAAGCAGCACCUGUUUGAUCUGUCAGAUAGAGAUUCUUUCUUCAACAGCAAGAUUCGCAGUUCAAUUGUGUUCGAGAUAUUGAAACGAACGAAGUGCACAAAGACCAAGUACGCCAUGGGCAUCAGCAGCCUACUUGCCAAUGGAGUUUACACAUCAGCCUACCCACUGCAUGAUGGAGAUAUUGAUGCUGUUCAUGCAGAGCCAAAUGACAGAAAGCUCUUGUAUGAGGAGUGGGCGAGUUACAGCAUCUUCUACAAGUACCAGCCCAUUGGACUAAUCAGGAAGUACUUUGGAGAGAAAGUGGGUCUAUACUUCGCCUGGCUGGGUGUGUACACUCAGAUGCUGAUUCCAGCAGCGAUCGUGGGCGUCAUCGUGUUCUUGUAUGGCUGCGCCACAGUGGACGACAACAUCCCCAGUAUGGAGAUUUGCGAUGAGAGGAAUAACAUCACCAUGUGCCCGCUGUGUGACCGCGCUUGCAGCUACUGGAAACUGGUCACAGCCUGUGGCACUGCAAGGGCCAGCCACCUGUUCGACAACACUGCCACCGUCUUCUUCUCCAUAUUCAUGGCGCUCUGGGCCACCAUGUUCAUGGAGCACUGGAAGAGGAGGCAGAUGAGGCUCAAUUACAUUUGGGACCUGACAGGCUUUGAAGAAGAGGAGGAGGAACAUAAGAACCAUCCACGAGCAGAGUAUGAGUUCCAUGUCAUGCAGAGGAACCUGAAGAGAGAAGCUUCCUCAAAGCCUGGAAAACAUAAGCUGACAUGCACCGACAGGAUGCCGGCUUACAUGACCAUCCUUAUUUUGAUGUGCUUCAUGAUUUGUGUGACAUUCGUUAUCGUGUUUGGAGUGGUUUUGUACAGGAUUUCCAUUAAGACCGCCCUUCACAUGAGCUCUGCCUCCGCCUUCCGCUCUAACAUCCGGGCCACAGUCAAAACUACUGCAGCUGUCAUCAACCUCAUCAUCAUCAUCAUUAUGGACGAGAUCUAUGGAUAUGUGGCGCGAUGGCUCACAGUUAAGGAGGUGCCAAAAACAGACAAAAGUUUCGAGGAGAGACUGAUUUUCAAGACGUUUGUCCUGAAGUUUGCAAACGCCUUCACUCCAAUUGUCUACCUGGCUUUCUUCAGAGGCAGGCUCAUUGGACGACCAGGCAACUAUGUUUAUGUUGUGGGGUCUUACCGAAUGGAGGAGUGUGCUCAUGCCGGUUGUCUGAUGGAACUCUGCAUUCAGCUGUGCAUCACCAUGCUGGGCAAGCAGCUCAUCCAAAACAACCUCUUUGAGAUUGGAAUUCCUAAACUAAAGAAACUGAUUCGCCGUCGCAAGUCAAAGAUGGACUCCAAACAGGAAGAGGAGUUUCACAAAACACUCACUCGCCAUGAGAAGGACCACUUCCUCAACCCCUACGUUGGCCUCAAUCCAGAGUAUAUGGAGAUGAUCAUCCAGUUUGGGAUGGUGACCUUGUUUGUGGCCUCCUUUCCUUUGGCUCCUCUUUUCGCGCUCCUGAACAACAUCAUAGAGAUACGGCUCGACGCCAAGAAGUUUGUCACCGAGUUCAGGCGGCCCAUUGCUGCUAGAGCUAAAGAUAUCGGCAUCUGGUACAACCUUCUGAGAGGACUAAGCAAAACUGCGGUCAUAGUGAAUGCGUUUGUGAUCUCCUUCACGUCUGAUUUCAUCCCACGUUUGGUUUACCAGUAUGUUUAUAGCCCUGAUGGGACCCUGCAUGGCUUUGUCAACCACACCCUCUCCUACUUCAACGUUACUGACUUCCAGCCAAACACACAUCCUAUAGACCCUAUGUUUCUGGGCUAUGAAGUGCAAAUUUGCAGGUACAAGGACUAUAGAGAUCCUCCAUGGUCAGACACCCCGUAUGAGCUGUCGAGAGAAUUCUGGAACAUUCUGGCAGCCCGACUGGCUUUUGUCAUUGUCUUUCAGAAUGUGGUGAUGCUGAUGAGUGACUUUGUGGACUGGCUGAUCCCAGAUAUCCCCAAAGACAUCAGUGUGCAGAUCCAUAAGGAGAAGAACCUGAUUGUGGAGCUCUUCAUGAAAGAGGAGCAAGACAAGAGGCUUUUGCGCAACAGGCAGAGCAACCGAAGCCCGCAUCAGCCCCGGUCCCGGCCAGCCUCGCACAUACAGACCAACAACCACUAGUCUCUUGAAGGCGACCAUCCACUCACACCAGAGUGUGCCAUCACUGAGCCUCAGUCAAACAUUCUACUGGCGUCUCACUGGAGCCAGAGACUGGGAGAGACACUGCCUGAUCAUGGUUACGAGGGAUGUUACAGGACUGGCAUCUUACUUGCACAGUGCUUGGCUUGGUGUUUUUCUGUCUGUUACUUUAAACAAGUGAACCAAAUGCAGGGAAGUUGUUUGAUUCAUAUGCAAAUUGUGAAGUUUUGUUGGUUCUGGAAGCUGCAAGGCCUCAUUUGUUGGUCAAGUGUGAUGCAGAGAAGUGUAUCUUUUAAUGUAGUUUGUAUUAACGUUAACUCCUCCUAACUUUAUAGAAAAAGCUACCCUUUUCUUUGAAUGUCACUGCUUUUAUAUAGAUUUUAUAUAAUUCUUGUUUUUAAGAUCCGCUGAGGAAAACGGUCCAACCUGUUCUAAUUAUAUAAAUAUUCAAAAGCUGUUCACAGUUGUUUGUAAUUAUUUCAUAAUAAAUAAUUAAGAAAGUGGAACAUUGUUCUGUGCGAUAUUGUGCUUGGUAACAGGGUGACCUUUCAGGACAGUUCAGAUCACAAUUCUAGUGACCAGUGAUGAAAGUGGUGCUGUCUUGUGUUUGAUGGUGAAGGUAAAAGUACAGUAUUCGUGUAUAAUAUUGACAAGUGUGGAUUUCUGUCCCUUUCAUUUUGGAUUAUUGGAUUUGGAUUAAGACAUUUACUGAGCGUUAAAACGUGCAUGGCUGCUCUGAACCGUCAGUGGCUGGUCAGCAAAGUAAGAGAAAAUUGACAUUUGUCUUUUGGUCAGUUUAAUCAAUUUUAGUUACAGUACUUCCAGAGAGGUGGACCAUUCUAGAUACAGUUCUAAUACUAUUGAAUGUUAUUGUAUGUCAGACAGAUGUCAGUAAAGUCCACCUGAAAUAGCUAUGAAUUUGAUGAGGUACAGUACAUACGACAUUUACUACAGAUCGAGGCCUUAAUACUCCUGUAAAUGAACUGUAAGUUGUUGCUUUUUUUAUUUGCGGUCUUAUUUACUUGCAUGUGUGACUGGGUGGGAUGGUUAAAGGAUAAGGAGUCUGACAAAGAGGAGUUUGAAGGGGAAUUCCACCAAUUUUUCAAAUCUUCUGCAUAACUCGGUGGGUAAGAUGUAAAUAGAGUUGUUCUGAGUGGUUUGAUGUAGAGAAACCAAUUCUUCAGAGUGGUGGUGAUAGUAGCCAGGGCUCUUAAUGUCAGCCAUUUUAUUUACUAUUCAAAACAACUAGUGAACCUACACGUGUAAGUUUUUACAUAUAAUGUUAAUGAUGAUAAAAUAAUGCUAAAUAUGGAAGAAGAGGUUUGACUUGGGUGCAAUUCUGCCUUAGAAAGCCCUGCAUGUGUCUUUCUGCCAUGAAUAGAUUUUAGGCCAAAACCUCAUUGUGUAAUGCGUUUGUCAAUAAUAAGCCUUGGAAAACUUGCUUAGAUGGUUUUCAUUCUCAUCUGAAAUGUUCUUCUACACAAUCGGAAUGUUCUUCAUGUUCAGUUCUGAACCAAAGAGGUUGAGUAUUUAGCUCUGUUGAGAGAAACAUACAUAAAGGUAAACACGUUUUUAAAGACUGUUACUUUAUCCACGUGGUGUACAGUAGAUACAUAUGUGAAUGAAAGGACCUUGCUGUGCAUUUAAUGUCAAUAAGACGUCUGUUUUUAGAAUCUCUUCUUUUCCCUCUUCAUUUACUAUAGACAUCCCGGCUACUUCCAAAACCACACACUAUCACACUUUACAUGCUAUAUAGAAUGUACUGCUAAUGGUGGUGUACUUUUGAAAUACUGUUUAGAUGGUAGGAUGCAGGAUCUUUCAGACCUUUUCCAUUCAGCCACCUUAAAAAGUCCCCAACUUGGAAUAAACCAGUUUUGUAUGCUACUGUGUUUUGCUUGAUCAUCUCAUCCUAGUGGUUCAUUUCCAUCGCUAACGUUCCACUGUAGUAAAAUUCUAUUCCUGUAUUCGUAAAGAAAAUAAAACACCUGAAAUGCUG